GUGCAGUGAGUCUUGUGCGUAGAGCCAAAUCCGCGGCAUGGCUCUGCGCGUUCUGCUGAUCGUGUCGGCGCUGUUCGGAUGUGGCAGCGCUGUGUACAGCCGCGAGCGUGAUCGUCAGCGAUCCGACCCACGACUCACUGACCGUGCCUGUGAACUCAGUUCUUGCUAUCCAGCUACCGGUAAUUUACUAAUCGGACGGGAAGCGCGUCUUUUCGCCUCUUCGACGUGCGGUUUACACAAACGUCAGCGGUACUGUAUCGUUUCGCAUCUCGAACCCAAACAAUGUUUCUGGUGCGAUUCUACCAACGCUACUCUGCAUAAUCCUUAUCUUAACCAUCGGAUACAGAAUAUCAUCUACAAGUAUUAUCCGGGAACUCGAGUCAAGUCAUGGUGGCAAUCGGAAAACGGCAAGGAAAAUGUAACAAUUCAGCUGAACAUGGAAGCAGAGUUUCAUCUCACGCAUUUGAUAAUACAAUUCAGAACGUUUCGUCCUGCUGCGAUGUUGGUUGAGAGAUCCUUUGAUUUUGGAAAAACCUGGCGGACCUACCGAUACUUUGCUCACAACUGUGAAAACUUCCCAGUUCCGCAUCACACUCAAAGAUCGUUAACUGAAGUUGUUUGCGAGUCUCGAUACUCUGGAGUGUCUCCUUCGACAGAAGGAGAAGUAAUAUUCAGAGUAUUGCCGCCAAACAUAAAUGUUACAAAUCCUUACUCCGAAGAAGUUCAAAACUUAUUACGCAUGACAAAUCUUAGAAUAAAUUUUACUAAACUGCACACUUUGGGAGAUGAUAAAUUGGACAACAGAAAAGAAAUACAAGAAAAGUACUACUAUGCGAUUUAUGAAAUGACUGUUCGUGGAUCGUGCUCGUGCUAUGGACAUGCCUCUAGGUGUUUGCCGAUGCCUGGCGUAGAGUCGAAGACUAACAUGGUACAUGGGCGUUGUGAAUGUAACCAUAACACUCGGGGCUUGAAUUGUGAAUACUGUGAAGAUUUUUACAACGAUCUUCCUUGGCAACCUGCAGUUGGUAAAACCUCAAACGCCUGCAAGCGGUGUACAUGUAAUAAUCACGCGACAACUUGUCAUUUUGAUCCCGCGGUCUACAAUAAAACAGGAAAAAUAAGUGGUGGUGUUUGUGAUAAUUGCCAGCAUAAUACAAUUGGUGUAAACUGUGAACGUUGUAGACCUAAGUUUUAUAAGGAUCCCAGCUUAGAUAUACAAAGUCCGGAUAUAUGCAAACCUUGUGAUUGUGAUCCACAGGGUACAACUGAUGAGGAAGUACUUUGUGACGACGAAACAGACAUAGCCAAUAAUAAGACUGCUGGACGAUGUAUGUGUAAAACUAAUAUUGGUGGUGCAAGAUGUGACAGAUGUAGAGAUGGUUUUUGGAAUCUUGAUAUUAAUAAUCCUGAUGGAUGUGAAUCUUGCACAUGCAAUAGCUUGGGAACAAUAAACGAGAGAGGGUGUGACCCGGCGACUGGUAAUUGCUUCUGCAAACGACAUGUCACUGGGCGUAAUUGUGACCAAUGUUUACCAGAAUUUUACGGUUUAUCUGAAGACGUAGAUGGGUGCUUGCCCUGUGACUGCGAUUUGGGAGGCUCUCUAGACCGCGAGUGUGACGUAAUAACAGGACAAUGUAAAUGCCGACCACAUGUAACCGGACGUCGUUGCGAUCAGCCGAUACAAAACUUUUUCGUGGGAGCUUUAGAUUCAAACGUAGUUGAAGCAGAAUCUAGUCAGUGUGAUUCACAAAUCGAUGAUAAUGCUAUUCAAAGUCAAAUAUGUCACGUUGUUAUUAGAGAAAACUACCCAGACGGCAGGAAGGAAACUUGGACUGGCCCUGGAUUCAUGAAGCUACCAGAAAGCAGCACCUUAGUAUUUACGAUCAAAGAUCUACAAAGAAGUAUGAACUACAACAUAUUAAUAAGAUAUGAGCAACAGUCACCAUUGGACUGGAAGGAAGCCACUAUAUUGGUAAAAAGACCCUUACCAUUAGAUUCGGAUUCACCUUGUGCAAAUGUAAGACCAGAAGAUGAUACUAUUCAUGCUACGUUACCAGCGAACCAACGCAGUUUUUUGGUAAAACCGUCUGUUUGUUUAGAAAAAGAUAAAGAAACUGAAAUAAGAAUCUAUCUUGGUCGUCAGGAUGGUUAUUCUUCAAAUACUAGAGCCACUAUUUUAAUAGAUUCCAUUGUCCUUAUACCAUCGUUUGAUGAUAUACCGUUCUUGGCGAAUGGAACAGAAAUAAGACAAGAAUUUGAUCGAUACAAUUGUGGUGAUUCUUAUUAUUAUGAUUUAAACAGAGAGACCGUCCCAGAAAUAUGUAAAAAACAUCAUGCAAGUAUAGGUUUUUAUGCCCGUAGAGGUUCACAGCCAUGUCAAUGCGAUCUCACUGGUUCCAAAAGUCACCAAUGCGACCCUUACACUGGAUUUUGUCAAUGUGUAGAAAACAUUGUUGGGGCCAGGUGCGAUCGCUGUGCACCCGGUACAUAUGGAUUCAGUAAAUUUGGAUGUAAACGGUGUGACUGUAGUAGUAUCGGCUCACUCGAUAAUUUCUGCGAUGCAACCAGUGGCCAAUGCAAAUGCAGAGCAAACACUUAUGGUCGUGCUUGCAACUUGUGUCAACCAGGUUACUUUAACUUUCCGAAUUGCCAGCAGUGCGAUUGCAAUGGGCAUGCAUUCGAAUGCGAUGAUAAAACAGGAGCCUGUAAAGAAUGUAAAGAUUAUACAGAGGGGACUCGAUGUGAAAGAUGUGUUGAAGGUUAUUAUGGUGACCCUCGCUUGGGCUUUGAUAUACCUUGUAGACCAUGUCCAUGCCCUGGUAUCAAAGGAGAUACAAACAAAAAUAGUCAUGCAGAUCGUUGUAUACUUGAUCCAGAAACAAAAGAUGUUGUUUGUGACUGUAGUGAAGGAUACGCAGGGCCACUUUGUGACGUAUGUGCUGAUAAUUACUACGGAGACCCGCUGCGAGGUACAUGUGAAAAAUGUGAAUGCAAUGAAAAUAUAGAUAUUACAAAACCUGGAAAUUGUGAUCCUUAUACAGGAAAAUGUUUGCAGUGUUUAUAUAACACAGCUGGAGAGCAUUGUGAUGUUUGUGAAGAAGGAUAUUAUGGCAAUGCCUUAGAAAAAGCUUGUUAUAAAUGCAAUUGUUCCGUUUUAGGCACGAACUUUACGAUCGGUAAUUGCGAUUCAAUUACUGGACAAUGUCCUUGCCAUAAAAAUGUUAUGGGAAUAAAUUGCGACCAAUGUACAGAAAAUCAUUGGAGAAUUGCUGUAGGAACUGGAUGUGACCCUUGUGAUUGUGACAUUAUUGGAUCGGUAUCCCAACAGUGUAAUCCAUAUAUCGGUAAAUGUAGCUGCAAACCGGGUCACGGAGGUAGACAGUGCGACCAAUGUGAAGAAAAUUAUUGGGGUAAUCCCAAUAUUGAAUGCUAUGAAUGCGAGUGUAAUAGGUAUGGAGCUACUUCACAACAAUGCAUGCGAGAAAAUGGUUCCUGUAUUUGUAGACCUGGAAUAGGUGGUUACAAAUGUGACACGUGUGCUCGGGGUUUUCUUGGAGAAGCUCCUCAAUGUUAUGCAUGUGGAGAAUGUUUCGAUAACUGGGAUAAAAUAAUUAAUGAUCUGAAAACAAGAACUGAGUAUGCCAUUGCUAAUGCGAGUAAAAUAAAAGUUAUUGGCGCCACAGGAGCAUACACAAGAGAUUUUGAUGAAAUGACGAAGAAAUUGUUUGAAAUAGAAAACAUGCUUCAAAGUGAAAAACAUGGGCAGUCCACUGUACAAGAUCUAUUAUCCAACAUUACAAGUAUUCAAGAUUUACUGACAAAGGCAGAAAAUAAAAUAAAAAAUAGUAAUGAACACCUUAAUGAUGUUACAACUAAAAUAAAUCUAGAAAAUGUUACGUUAGAUAGUAUUAGAGAAGAAACACAAAAACUUAAGUCGAGAACACUUGAUCUGUCUAACAAUGCUACAAAAUUACAAGAAGCUAACUUAGAGGGAGCACUUAAUUUAACUCGGGAAGCCAAAUUACGAGCUGUCAAAGCUAUAAAUGACACCGAACGAGCUCAAUCUGUGAUUGCAGAUACCGAUCGCCAAGUAAAAAAUACAGAAAAAUUAAUUGAAAUGCAAUAUAAUCAUUUCCAAGCAACUCAUAAUGAUAAUGACAAAAAAGUUAACGAAACUGCAGAGCAAUUAUCUAAUUUGGAAAAACAAAUCCCAAAACUAAAUGAAAUGAUGUGUGGUGAAGAAACAGAUUCUUGUGAUAUCUGUGGAGGUGCAGGGUGUGGAAAAUGUGGUGGCAUAUCUUGCGAUCAAGGUGCUGUUACCAAAGCAGAACAAGCAUUAGAUUUCGCUAAUAAAACUGAAAACAGAAUCAAGGAACACGAACUUACUGCCGAGGACAUGUUUAGAUCUAUUUCUCAAGUUAAGCAGGAUACAGUUGCAGUUCGUGCAAGAGCUGAUGAAUUACAAAAUCGAGCACUACAAUUCAAAUCCUCGGCAGAUAGGGUAACUAAUGAAAGUCAAAAAAUAACUGCUGACCUCAAAAAUUUCAUAUCAAACACAUCGACGAUUCCAGAUGAUGUUAAAGCAUUAGCAAAUAACAUAUUGAACUUGUCUAUAAGAAUCGAACCUCAAGAAAUUACUGAUCUGUCACAGAGAAUUAACGAAUCCGUUUCGCAAUUAACAAAUAUUGAAACUAUUAUUGCUGAAACUAAACCUGACCUAGAUAAAGCCAAUACUCUUAGAGAAAAUGCAACUGUUGUUCGAAAAGAUGCACACUUAACACUUGAGAUGGCCAACAAGGUACUGCAGGCUCUUAAUGAAACUCAAUCCGCUCAAGAAGCAGCCGAAAAAGCUGUACAAAAAGCAAACAAUGAUAUAGACGCGGCUAAAAAUGAUCUCGCGCCAAUAGCAAUGGAAACAGAAGAAGCGCGAAUUAAAGCCAUUAACGUUACAAAUGAUGUUGAAUCCUUACGUUCGCGGCUGUCUGAUUUACAGAAGAACAGAUUAAAAGUAGAAAGCGAUGCAGAACAAGUAAAACAAGAAGCUGACGAUGUAGUUAAUCGCGCAAAAGAUGCUGAACUCAAAGCCAAACAGCUCCAGAAUGAUUUUGAAAGAACGAACAAAACCCUAGCCGCGCAAGCAAACCAGACUACAAAAUCCAGAGAUCGAGCUCAGCUACUAUUAGAACGUGCUACGAAGUUGGCGAGUGAUACGCAAUCACAACUCAAACUGUUAAUAAAUAUGGAAGAACUAUAUAAUGACCAUAACGAGCAAUUGAACACACUAGAAAAACAAAUAGCAGAUCUUAAUACGCAGAUGAAUUAUUAUCUGUCGGAAAUAACGAAACGUUCUGAUUACUAUAGAUCGUGUACCACUUGAGUUAUCUAUGCAGUGGUAAAGAUUUCAACUGGAAAAACAACUUGAAAUUGUAAAUAUUCACGUUUUGUCAGUCUUAUUUCCACGUCAGAUUAAGUUUUACUAUUUUAAGGUUCCGGAAUUGUGUUGUUUAUUACACUUACCAACAAUGAAAUGUUUUCCUUUAUCACUUAAAUUGAUUUACUUAUUUUUAUAACGCUUAGAUAUGUAUGUUGAAUUAAAUAAUUAUAUAUAAGUAAACUUUCAGUGAUUUUUGUUUUAAAUACCACAAUAUUCAUAUAAGAGCUUAAAACUAUUUCUAAUAAAAUACGUCGCUAAUCCUUUAUAUUUAAUAACAAUAAGUUCAACGAUUCACUCGAUUUGUUGAUCCAUUAUGAAUUUCAUCUAUAUUUUCUGUCAGUAAUUUCUUUAUUCAGUCAUAAAACUAUCUUACAUGUCGGUUUUUCAGUACUUUAUUAUUUAAUACAAUAAAAUCUUGUAGUAGCUAUUAUCAGAAUUUUAAUAUUGCAUAGAUUAUUUUAUUGUUAAUAUUUUAUGUCGCAUAGGUUAUUUUGUUAAAAAAAUCUUGUAAAUUUGUUAUACUUCAAAAGGGCAAUGCCUAAAUCGCCAUUUACACAAUUAUGUAAAA